CACGCGGCGCCGCCGUCUCCAUGGCUGCGGCGGAGCGGGGCUGAGGCGGAACCGGGAACACCGGGGGGACACCGGGGGGGGCUCCGGGAUGUACCGGCGGGACAGGAGCGUGCAGCUGGGCGGCAGCAGCUCGGCGCUGUACAACAACCUGAGCGUGCUGCGCCUGCCGCAGCGCCAGCUGGCCUGCUUCUGCACCGUGCACGGCCCCGCCGUUAACGUGCUCAGCGCCGCCACCGACGGCCUGGGCGGCUCCCAGCGACAGCUGCGGCCCCCGCCCGCCGCACCGGCAGCCGCCGCCGCCGCCGUCACGCAGGCCGCCUGGUGCGUGCUGCCGGCCCGCGUGCUGCUGGUGCUGACCUCGCAGAAAGGCGUCCAGAUGUAUGAGUCGGAUGGCUCCGUCAUGGUUUACUGGCACGCGUUGGACGUCACAGAGCAGCCACAAGCACAAGCCGUGUUUGCCCGAGGGAUCUCUGCAGCUGGAGAACGCUUCAUCUGCGUGGGGACGUCCUCCGGGACGGUGCUGGUGUUCGACAUCCCCCACAAAGGGACCAACGUGACGGUGAGCGAGGUCCUGGAGGAGCACCGCCACGCCAUCACCGACAUCGCGGCGGAGCUGGGCCAGGCUCCGGAGGGGGCUGGGGACCUGGUGACUGCCGACGACGCGGGGGCCCUGUGCAUCUGGAGCUCUGGAGAGGAGUUCACCUUGCUCAACAAGAUCCCAGCCUUGGGCUGCACCUGCUCCUCCGUGAAGCUCUGGAACGGGGUCGUCGCUGCUGGCUAUGGCAACGGGCAGAUUCGGCUGUACGAGGCAGCCACGGGCGUCCUGCGAGCAGAGGUCAACGCUCACGCCCGCUGGAUCUACGCCCUGGACCUGGCACCACUGACGGGAAAGCUGCUCUCGGGGGCUGAGGACUCCUUUGUUCAUGUCUGGAAGCUCAGCAGGAACCCAGACACCGACGAUGUCGAGAUCGAGCACUGCCACGCUGAGUGUGUGACUGACACCCAGAUCUGCGGCGCCCGUUUCUGCGACCCCGAGGGCUGCUCCUUCGCCGUGACCGGCUACGACCUCAGCGAGAUCUUCCGCUACAGCCAGGUGUAGGCUGCCAGCGGCGCCCUCGGGCCCGAGCCAGGCCACCAGGCACCCUCUGGCCCAGCGCUGCGCCCCAGCGGGGUGACAAUCAGUGCAGAGGUGGAGCUGGAGGGGGCUCCUGUCACUCCCAAAGCAAACCUGCCCUCAGUGGGGCAUGGCCGUGCACGGGGAACAUCAGCUCCGAGCUGCUCUGGCUCAGUGGGACCCAUCUGCACGGUGCUGUGGGUCCCUGAGCCGAAAGCUGCCCCCCCUGCCCCCUCCUGAGCCCUCCCGGGAGGGCAGGAGGCAGCAGGGCUGAUGUGUCUGAGCAGCGGCUGCCUCCACGCAGGCUCUGGUAGCAGCAGCGGUGGGGAGGAGCAGAACCGGCUCCCCUCUUCCCCGCGGCACCUCUGCUUCAAACAGGAGAGGAUCCAGGGCGAACCUGCCCUGCACGCUGCUCCGGCCGGGGAGGGCUGCGGGAGCCGCUCCCUGCGGGGGGGCCGCACCCACGGGCGCUGCAGCGUGGGCCGCCCUGC